AGGAAGUCUAGGACACACCCAACCUUGGGGCAGUGUCCUGACUCUCCAAAGCUGAAGGCUGGAGCACAGCUUAAACGGACAGAAGCAAGAAACAUUUCAGCAUGAGAGACCCACUCGCAAACUGUUCAUAUAAUCAAGUGUACAAGAACCUAAAAGAGUUUUCUCAAAAUGGAGAGAAUUUCUGCAAGCAGGUCACAUCCAUUCUUCAGCAAAGGGCAAACUUGGAGUUUAACUAUGCCAAAGGACUUCAGAAACUGGCAAUUAAGCUGAGCAAAGCAAUACAGACCACAAAAAAAAACUGCGUCAUCAGUGCCUGGGCCUGGGUCUCGGAGGGCAUGAAGUCUGCAGCAGACCUGCAUCAAAAACUUGGCAAAGCAAUUGAGUCGGAAGCAAUAAAACCAACUCAUCAGGUCCUGAGUGUACAUGAGAAGAAGAAAAAAUCACUUGAUAAUGAAUUUGAAAAGACAGCGAAUCUUUUCAUUAGCAACUGGAAUCAACAAAUUAAGGCCAAAAAGAAAUUAAUGGUGAGCACCAAGAAGCAUGAAGCACUUUUCCAUCUUAUAGAAAGCUCCAAGCAAACCAUCACUGAAAGGGAGAAGCAGAAGCUCCUCAAUAAACUGAAAAAAUCCACUGAGAAGUUGGCAAAAGAAGAUGAAAAUUACUACCAAAAAAACAUAGCCGGCUGUUCUACCAGACUAAAGUGGGAAAACACACUAGAAAACUGCUACCAGAGUAUCCUGGAGCUGGAGAAGGAAAGAAUUAAACUUUUAUGCAACAACUUAAACCAGUACACCCAACAUAUUUCUGUUUUUGGCCAAACACUGACCACAUGCCACACGCACAUUCAUGGUGCCAUCAGCAACAUAGAUGUCGAAAAAGAUAUCCAGGCUCUGAUGGAAGACACUGCCGUCUCAUCUGCAGAAAAUACAUCCGAGUUCCUGUUAACCGAUUACUUUGAAGAAGAACCUAACAAUGCAAUGAAUAAAGAGCGACAAAAGUCUUCAAUAAAAUCAAAACUGAUGAGACUGCAGAGAGAUAUUGAAAAAGCCUCAGGAGACCUGGAAGGACUCCAGCGAAUGUUGAAAGCUUACUCCAGCAACUCCUUCCCAGACCCAGAGAGCCAGAAAAGCACAGCAGCCUUAAUGGAGGAGACCAAUUUGAAACUAGAUGUGUUGCAAGCAAACUCCUAUAAACUGUCAGCAGUGUUAGCAGAACUCGAGCAAAGACCUCAACCCAGCCAUCCUUGUAGUGACUCCAUCUUCAAGUGGAAAGAAAAGCAGCAGACACACAGUUAUGUAAGAAUAUCUCGGCCUUUUCUGAUGAUGAAAUCAGGGAAUGUUGUGAGAGAGGCAUCUUCUGGUGGGCAGAGCAAUCCAAGUUCUUCAUCCACAGCCUCCGGUGUGGCCCAGCACUGCAGCAGUCUUUGCAAAGCCCUGUACUCUUUUCAAGCCAGACAAGAUGAUGAAUUGAGUUUGGAAGUAGGUGACAUCGUGAUGAUACACAAGAAACAAGAUGGAGGAUGGUGGUUUGGAUCUUUAAAUGGCAAAAAGGGCCACUUUCCUGCUGCUUAUGUGGAGGAACUCCCUUCAAACGCUGCGUACACAGGCAUAAGACAAGAUUCUCAACACACCACCUUACUUACACUGUAAAGUGUACAAUGUGAUGCAAAUAAAGAUAAAUGCUGUGAUCUUUC